AUGUGCGACCCCUUCGGUCUAAACAGAAUUAGCAGUCUAUGGACUGUGAGUACAGCACUAUAUCCACGAGAGUCUGAGACCAGAGAUUUGAAACUAUUGGACGGCUUUUGGAACUUUCGGGUCAUUACUGUAGACGAAGACCAAAAUGUUGGCUUCACUGACAAGUGGUAUACAAAACCACUGACAGGGGAUGUGAUCCCAAUGCCGGUGCCAUCGAGUUAUAACGACAUAACUCAGAGCAGAUACUUACGAGACUAUGCGGGAUGGGUUUGGUAUGACUCGUCAUUCUUCGUGCCUCAGGAAUGGAAAGACUCUGAAGUGGUCCUGAAUUUCGGAAGUGUUAACUAUGAGACCAUUGUAUACGUGAACGGAAAGAAUGUGAUGAACCAUACGGGCGGACACUUACCCUUUGAAGAGUAUGUGACGAAUGGCCUUAACUAUGGGGAAAGCAAUAGAAUAACUGUGGCCCUGAGUAAUGUCUUAACUCAGGAGACUAUACCCCAGGGUCUGGUGGCCUAUAAGAAUGAUACAAAAGGAUUAUAUCCCAAAGGAUUUUAUAUAACAAAAACAAAUUUCGAUUUUUUCAAUUAUGCGGGAAUUCACAGACAUGUCACCCUUUAUGCCUUACCUAAGGAUCAUAUAAACGAUAUAACAGUUACCACUGAUAUCAAAGACACCAAAACAGGAAUUAUUAACUAUUCAGUCACUCAUAGCGAUCAGACCUCCAAAGCUGAGUGUGUUGUCGAUGUGUUGGAUAAAAGUGGGAAAGUUGUUUCAUCAAGUAAAGGGUAUUCAGGAUCAAUUACUAUAGAAAAUGCUAUAUUCUGGUGGCCCUAUACUGUUGAUCCUAAUCCCGGUUAUCAAUACACUUUGAAAGUGUCUCUAACAGAGAGCGGAAAAACAAAUGAUAUUUACUAUCAAAAAGUUGGGAUCAGAACUGUUAAGGCGACCGAAAAGGAGUUCUUAAUAAACGGGAAAUCAUUUUAUUUCACGGGAUUUGGCAAACAUGAAGACGAAAAUGUAUGA